AUGCAAGACGUUGCACAAACAUACAAAUCAAGAUGCGUCGCUGACUCUAUCGACGACAAGGAACUGCCACAAUUCACCCGACAUCUUCUAACCAUGCUCCUAAAUCCCAAGCAGGCAAAGAGAGUCCAAGUAGAAAGCACCCAUAGACUCCAGAAGUCUCCAAGAGCUCCGGCGGGGGCCUUCCACGAUGUUCUCCUCAGCUUCUUGUCCACUAUAGACAAAAUGGUGGUAAUGACAGCGCUCAAUAACAGGAGCCCCUACCAAUUUGAGGGCAUGCAGCUCACUUUCCUACAAGACCUAUGCAGAGCCACUCUGACAUGGAGAAGGUCAGUCCGGCAAGUCACCGAGACUCUCAGAGCAGCUGGGGUUAAAUACUGCUGGAGAUCCUCUAUGCUCACGGUUACGAAGGGCGCAUCCACCUUCCGCCUGAUGUCGCCAGAUGACUCUAGCUCCUUCUUGGGCAAACUCGGGCUGGAUGCACCAGGCUCCAACUAUCCCACUCCUUGA